AAUUUGUGUUUUUUAUUACCAAAUCGUAACGGAAGUGUUCAAAGUUCCGAUCUUUGGAUCCGGGCAAAUCUCUAUCUUUUGUGGGUUGUUUCAAUGGCGGAUCAUCAAGAAGACGAAGAUUUGAAAUUGGCUCUUAAGAUGAGUAUGCAAUACAAUCCUCCUGAGCCAAAACGGAGCAAACCCAUUGAAGAAGAAACUGGAUCCGGAUCUCAAUCUGGUGGUGAAUCACCGGAGGCGAAAUCUCGGCGGUUGCAGCGAGAGCUUAUGGCUGCUGCUGCUGAGAAACGUAUGGUUUUGUUUCCUACGAGUCCUUCUCCGGUGAACAAAGCUAGGGUUUUGCCAAUUAGGGUUGUUGGUGAUAAGGAUGAUGAAGUUGUUGUGAAGAGUGUGGAGUCUGAUUUGGGGAAGGAGUUAUCGGUGGAAGAGUCUGAUCAGUUGUUUUCAAUGGUGUUUGGGAAUGAGGUUUCGAAAAGUGUACUUGCUCAAUGGACUAAUCAGGGCAUAAGGUUUAGCCCUGAUCCUGAAACUACUAUAGGAUUAGUGCAGCAUGAAGGUGGGCCCUGCGGUGUUUUAGCAGCACUACAAGCAUUUGUUCUUAAAUACCUUCUUUACUUUCCGGGUGACAGAGUAGCUUCCCCAAGUAUGGGUGUCUGGACAUUAUCUAAAGAUCGUCAUGUUGUAUCUGACUCCUUCUCUUCUGUAACCGAAGAAGCAAAAACAAGGGCCCUUGUUAGAAGCAUGUGUGAGAUUCUAUUUAUGUGUGGAAACAACAACCGCGCUGUAAUAGCAAGUUUCACUAAUUUUGAGGAUUCCAGUACUAAUCAGAAAGAUGAGGCAAUGGCUGGUGGGCUCCCCAUUGAAUCUGCUUCAGAUUUGCAGAAGAUCUUAAGGUUCGAGACAUUCACAACUCAAUCCAGUGCCCUAAAUAAGCUAGAAGGCACAAUAACUGCUUUCCAAAGUCGCAUGGGUGCUUUGCUGUUCCUAAUUUCUGCUUUACUCUCCCGUGGACUGGAUUCCGUUCAAGCCGACAGGGAUGAUCCAAACCUCCCCCUAGUCACUGCACCAUUUGGACAUGCCUCCCAGGAAAUUGUAAACCUGCUGUUGUGUGGAGAAGCGGUUCCUAAUGUGUUUGAUGGAAGGAUGGAUCUUGGAGGCGGCAUGUUUCUAAAAGGCAUAUCUAAGAAUGUGGAUGUGGGCUUCCUCACGUUGCUCGAGUCUCUCAAUUUCUGCAAAGUCGGUCAGAAUCUCAAGUGUCCCAAAUGGCCAAUAUGGGUUAUUGGCAGCGAGUCUCAUUACACCGUCCUGUUUGCACUCGACCCAUCCGUCCAAGAAGAAAACGUACUUGAGCUGAGAGAGUCUGAGAUAAGAAGAGCUUUCGAUGCAAGAGACGAAAGCGGAGGAGGAGGCUUCAUCAGCGUGGAGGCCUUUCACCAAGUUGUUCAGGAAACAAACAUCAGACUCCCAACAGAGAAGCUCAACGAUAUCUGCGCCACGGGUUUCAUCGUGUGGAGCGAGUUAUGGCAAGUGAUCUUGGAACUAGACCGAAAUUUGGGAGGGAUAAAGGAUUCAACAGGAAUGAUGGGAAAGAAAGUGUUUGAUAUUUAUCACUUCAACGGGAUUGCCAAAUCCGAUAUAAACGGUGGUGGUCAAGCAAUGGCUGUGGAAGGUGGGAUGGUUCCUGUGCAAAGGCCAAGGCUGACAAAACUAAACGUCGCUGUUCCUCCUAAAUGGACACCAGAAGAGUACAUGUCAUGUGCACUGCCGCCGAGCAGCUCUGAGAAAGACUCAGAAGUGAAUCAGCCUAAACCGGUACAGCAUGCACCAUUGGUGGAUUGUAUCAGAACUCGGUGGUCGCGUGCCGCUUGUAGCUGGUCUGGAGAUCCUCCAAGUAUUGUCUGAAGAAUGUUGUAUUAUGAGAAAGCUUGAGCGUUUAUUCUGGCUCAUUGGAUUCUAAAGCAAAAAAAACGGGAAACUGCUGAUUUGAUUUGGCGGUUAAGACGCGCGUCUGAACUUUCUUUGCGUUGUCCGUUUUUUUCAUGUUGUGUAUUGAUGUAGAAUUUUUGUUAUCUAUUAUUGAACAUUAUUGAGACAAAUGAAUAUUUCAAUUGUUG